GCUGAGCCUAGGAGGAGACAGACUCCGAAGGGUGCAAGGAAGUGUCUUAGUUGAGACUGGGGCAGGGCAGGAGAGGGUGGAGGGAAGUCUGCAGGAGAAAGGCGUCCUCCAGGGUCUUGAGAAUUCAGAGGCAGCUCUUCUUGCAUGCUAGGAAUAGCUCUGGGCACCUCCAGCCCUUCUGAGGCUCAAGCCAGCAGCUUGAGGUGCUUGUUGAGUUGGUGACAGAGCCACGGAGCUGGUACCCCUGGGACCUCCUGCCCUUCUUCUCUCCACUCCCCAGCAUGGAGGAAGAUUUUGACAACUACUAUGGGGCAGACAACCAGUCGGACUGUGAUUACACAGACUGGACGUCUUCAGGAGCCCUCAUCCCUGUAAUCUACAUGUUGGUCUUCCUCCUGGGCACCACAGGCAAUGGCCUGGUGCUCUGGACUGUGUUUCGGAGCAGCCGGGAGAAGAGGCGCUCGGCUGACAUCUUCAUCGCUAGCCUGGCGGUGGCCGACCUGACCUUCGUGGUGACCCUGCCACUGUGGGCCACUUACACAUACCGGGACUAUGACUGGCCUUUUGGGACUUUCUCCUGCAAGCUCAGCAGCUACCUCAUCUUUGUCAACAUGUACGCCAGUGUCUUCUGUCUCACCGGCCUCAGCUUCGACCGCUACCUAGCCAUCGUGAGGCCAGUGGCCAAUGCCCGACUGCGACUGCGGGUCAGUGGGACUGUGGCCACGGCAGUCCUGUGGGUGUUGGCUGCCCUGCUGGCCAUGCCCGUCAUGGUGUUUCGUUCCACUGGGACCUGGAGGGACCUGGAGAAUAGCACCAAAGUGCAGUGCUACAUGGACUACUCCAUGGUGGCCACCUCGACCUCAGAGUGGGCCUGGGAGGUGGGUCUGGGAGUUUCUUCCACUGCUGUGGGCUUUGUGGUGCCCUUCACCAUCAUGCUGACCUGUUACUUCUUCAUUGCCCAAACCAUUGCUGGCCACUUCCGCAAGGAGCGCAUCGAGGGCCUGCGGAAGCGGCGCCGGCUGCUCAGCAUCAUCGUGGUGCUGGUGGUGACCUUUGCCCUGUGCUGGAUGCCCUACCACCUGGUGAAGACGCUCUACAUGUUGGGCAACCUGCUGCACUGGCCCUGUGAAUUCGACAUCUUCCUCAUGAACAUCUUCCCGUACUGCACCUGCAUCAGCUACGUCAACAGCUGCCUCAACCCCUUCCUCUACGCCUUCUUUGAUCCCCGCUUCCGCCAGGCCUGCACCUCCAUGCUCUGCUGCAAACAGAGCCAGUGUGGGGGCCCCUCCCACAGCAGCAGCGGAGAGAAGUCGGCCAGCUACUCUUCGGGGCACAGCCAGGGGCCCAGCCCCAACAUGGGGAAGGGUGGAGAGCAGACGCAUGAGAAAUCCAUCCCUUAUAGCCAAGAGACCCUCGUGGUUGACUAGAGAAUUGGGUGCCCCGGGCCCUGCCCCUGCCUUUGCCUUUGCUCUGACGACCAGGUAGUGGCUAUACCUUCUCCCUUGGACCU